AUGGCCUUCCAAACAAAUAUCUUUAGGGACGGCGAGUGGGUGACGGAAACGGUUAAUCUCCAGGCUGUUUUGGAGUCGCAGAAACCGGGCGCAAAAGGCCCCACGAAGCAGGAUCCCUUAAAACCACCACAAUGUGGUCUUCUUACAACUACAGUGGCGGAGAGUGACCAGGUGAAACUGGUCUUACAUGCAAGUCUACGGUCCGAAAAACAUAGCGACGUUGUUCUUGUAGGGGACACCUUUAUCCAACUCUGUGAACUUGGGACAGACGGGCGUUUGCACCACACCAUCCGAAAAAUCGGCACCCUCAUGAUUCCAGGGCUCGAAGGGGCCGCACGCCGCGAUGGGACCUUUUCAACAGCAAUCAAAACUGAGGAACGUCGUUCUCGUCCUUUCAGCCUUUUCCCGCCAAGUCAGCCUGCCACGACAGACACUCAGUUCCCCCCUCAAUUCCUGGUUCUGGCCUUGGAAACCGGAGAUUCUGUCUGCUUGUUCGUGCAAUCGGGGCCUGAUGGGGCACCAACCCUUGAGGCUUCACGCCUUCGAGGCCCCAGAUACGGGAAGGGGCACGCCGGGUUCCACUUGGCCGUAAACCCAAGCUCACGCUACAUGGCGAUGGCUGGCCCCACGGACUCAUUCACUGUUUACGAACUUGAAACCCAUGACGAGCUUAACCGGCGGUACCUAUCCGGAGAACGGCUCAAUCCUGUGCGUUCCUUCCGCCUUCGCAGCGUCCGAGGCGUAAUACACAAGAUGGAGUUCUUGUACCCAAGAGCCGAAGACGAACAUCACAUUAUCCUGUUGCUUGUCAUCGUCCGCCGAGGGCGCUCAAAGACCGUUAUCUAUGAGUGGGCACUCGGAGACGAUCUGAAGCACGUUCUUAGUGAAGAGAAGCAGGGCCACCGGAUGCCCGUCGAGCACCAGAUGCCCCUGAUGUUGAUACCCCUAAAGGUACAAUCAGCUUUCAUAGCCGUGUCUGCUGGGCAUAUCGCGGUAUACACUGAGUGCUUGCAUGGACCACCGAAGUUUGUCACGAUGCUCUUGCCACCGCACCCUCCAACCGAACGUCAUCGUGGUCAUCAACAACCGCUAAUGACAGCAUGGACAAGGGCCAUUCGUCGGCGACCUCAUUCUGACCAGCAAGAUUGGAUUUAUUUGGCUCGGGAGGAUGGUGUUGUCUUCCUCUUGAGAGUUGACGAAGAUGCCCAGCUAGAGAGUCACCCUUUAGGGCCGUUUUCUUGCAAUAUUUCCAGUGCCGCGACUUGCGUUUUUGAGGACAGCUCCGAUAUCCUCAUCCUUGGAAGCGAGACAGGCCCAGGGGGGUACUGGAAGAUGGUCGCCAGAGGGAACGGGGAGUUUCUCGGGAGCUUACCAAACUGCUCGCCGGUGGUCGACUUCACAACAACCGAUAAUUUCACAGGAUGGCAUCGUGAAGCUCACCGAGACAAAAAUAUGGUUCCAUGGAAGCAGGGGAGAUUUCGAAAUCCCGACCGCAUUUUUGCGACGUCGGAAGGCGAAAAUGGAGGCUCAAUCACCGAGUUCCGGUAUGGGUUGAAAGCAAGCAUCGGGCUCGACCUUGACUAUGGUCCUGGCGACAUCCCUUUAUUUGAUGGCUACAUCCUUUUGGUCUCCUUGCCCGAUUCGACUGAGGUUCUUCUACUAUCGGAAGACUUCUCUAGUGCCCAACCCGCGGUUCCUUCGGCCAUACCUUACGACUUGUCAUCGACUACUCUUGAUAUGUGGAAUGCCGUCGGUGUGACGUCUCUCCCUGGCCUUACCGAUACUUCCGUUUCCGAUGCCGCUGUUUCCCACGACCACAUCGCCGUAUCGACUCACACAGAUGCGAAGUUUGAGGUCCACGUGUUUAAAAUCGACACACGUACUUUUAGCCUUCAUCAUCUUCGGACGGUUAACGUCGAGGGGGAAAUCACUUGCUUAGCUCUGGGUCACAAUGGCUUAAUUGGCGACGAUAGCGAAUCUGCACUCGGCACAUCCUUGGUGCUUGACGGCAUUGAGAGCAUGAUUGCGGGUAAUGACGUUGUUCUUGCCGGAACUCGAAGUGGCGAAGUAGUGAUGGUCAAGUACGGUGUCGACGGCACAUCCGUAAAAUUCGAAAGGUUUGGCACAACUGCCACAAACAUCACUACUAGCAGCAGUACCAAGAUCGGCGUGACAGAUCCCACCAUUCUCGCCUGUUGCGAUAAUACCCUAGUUUCGAUUGGAUUGCACCCAGAAAACGACUGUGGUGUGGCAGCCACUGGAACCAAAACCAAAGUCCGCGUGUGGCCAGUGGACGCCAGCAAUUCGGGAGCCGCCUCACCACCGGUACAAUACGCGACGACUGUGGAUAUGCCGUGUUCACCCGGGACUGUCCCAAUCUUCAUGGUAUCCGGGACCAGAUUGUUGCUCGCGGAGAUGCGUACGACCCCUGGAUCAGUGCACCGGAGCAUUUCCGUUGACGGGGUGCCCAAUCGAGUCAUCUAUUGCCCGUUCACACAGUGCCUUGUUGCCGCAGUGAAUAAACCUUCUGGACCGACAUUGAAGUUUAUCGACCCGGACACCGGGGAAGAUAUCGGAGUGCCGACGGACAAACAUAAGGUGCCACAGCAGUGCAUCGCAGGCUUAGGGAAACAAGAUGACCGAAUCACAGGUUUAGCUGACUGGAACUACAAAAGGGAUGGCCACGUCUGGAAUUUCGUCUUAGUCACGACCAAGGGAGGCCGACUGAUCGUGGUUACGGCCGAGAAAGUAGCGUCUCAGGACGGCAGCCCCACGGUGUACCGUUACUGGACUCGGUACCGACAAGAAUUCAAGGAGCCCAUCUACUCGGUCAUCGGCUACGACGAGGGCCUGAUUUUUUGUUGUGGUCACACUCUCCACUGGGAAGUGCUCGACAUCCAAGAGAAACGACUUAAACCCCUCAAGUCCUUUGCCCUGGGGUCGCCGGCUACGGGGCUGCGGAUUUCCAAUGGCAAGCUCGUGGCUCUGACAAGCCGUGAGUCUCUUAUUGUCCUCGAUAAUUGGGAAACAGAGGGGGAAGCCACCAAGCUUUCCCACAUCGAUCCUUGGCGGCGCAACGGCAUUGAUUCUAUCGAGAUUGCUGGCCCGCAACAACUCGUGGAGGCAAUGGACGGAGUGGUGACGACCGGUGGGAUUCACCUCCUGGCGGACCGGGAGGGCGGCGUAGCUGGGCUAUGGGUGCCCUGGCAGACACCAGACAAGGAAUGUGAGGUGGUGAUGGAGGCUGAAUUACCAUCCUCGAUUCGAAAGUUUCACCGGGGCCGGACAAGGCCUUACUGGGAACAAGGGCUUCGUGUGCCUCAGUACGGACGGCUCCCGGCCACCUUGGAUGACGCCGAGAUCCUCGGCGUCUCGCUGAGUGGUGCGAUGUACCAAUUUACACUGCUGAGCGUCGAGGCAUGGCGGUUGCUACGGUUUAUGCAGAACCUGGCAGGAUCGUGCCCUGAGCUGAGCCCCGUUGUUGAUCAAAUUGGCGAUUACGGCGGCGGUGUUGAUCCAUCCUCCCCCCCUUACGACGGUGAUGCUAGUGGGCUGAAUAUGGAGCCGAAGUUGGCAUAUGGAAUGGAAAUGCACGUCGAUGGGGAUCUCUUGAAAAGAUGUUCAGAGAAAAGGAUGGUGGAGAGAAUUAUCGGCCCACACUUCGACAGGUUUACCGAGCUUUUGAGCGACGUUGUUGAUGAGGAGAAGAGAAAGUGGUUGAAGGAGAAGGGGGGGAAUGAGGCGUACUUUCGAGUUGCCUACGAUAUUCUGGAACUUUUGCCACGGCCCGAAACCCAAUUUUACGGUCGCAACGACCUUUCUUCCCAACUGCACACGAUCAAUAUGGCACCCAAGAAAAAGGGGAACAAGAAAGGCGGGGAUGACUGGGAGGCGGAGCUUGGUGAAAGCAUCGCCCCGGUCGAUGCGGGGGCUACCCCCGCCGCUGACGCCGGAGAGGCCGACGACGAGCCGUCCGCGGGCGGCGGUGGUUUGAUGAACCUCAUGCGCAAGAACAAAGAGAAGCGCAAGAAGAAGGGUCUGGUUGACGAAGACGAGGCUGCCGAGACCGCGGCUGAUGCCGUGCCCGAGACACUCACCCUGCCGGACCUCUCGGCCAAGGCGCCCGAGGAGGCGAACCUUGAGGACGAGUUUGCGCUGCCGGAGAAGAAGGGCAAGGGCGGCAAGGGGAAACAGCAGCAUCAGCAGAAGGGCGGUGCUGCCGCGAAGGAUGAGGAUGCCGACGAGUCGGGCAGGGUCUUGACCAAGGCCGAGAAGGAGAAACUGAAGAAGGAGAGAGAGAAGCAGCGGAAGAAGGAGCAGGCUGCCAAGAAGAAGGCCGGUGGCCCCGCCAAAGCCGAGCCCGCGAAGGCCGCUGCCGCUGAAGAGAAGCCGGAGGCACCCGCUGCUGCUGCCCCCGCUGCCGCUGAAGCCGGCGGUAAGAAGAAGAAGCUCCCCGCCCACCUCCUGGCUCUUCAGAAGCAACAGGAGGAGCUCCGUCGCCAACAAGAGGAGGCUGAGCGCAGGCGCGAGGAGGAGAAGCGUCGGGCAGAGGAGGAGGAGCGUCUCGAUGCUGAGGAGAAGAAGCGCAGGGAGGAAGAGAAGGCUCGCAAGAAGCAAAAGGAAAAGGAGCGCAUUGAACAGCUUAAGCGUGAGGGCAAGUAUAUGACCAAGGCCCAGAAAGAGGAGAAGGCCCGCAACGAGCGCAAGCUCCAACAGAUGAUUGCGGCGGGUAUCAAGGUUGGCGGGCUGGAAGGUGAUGAGGGGGAGAAAGAGAAGGAAAAGGAGAAAGAGAGGAAAAAGCCCGAGAUUGACGAAGAAAAGGCACUGGAAGAGGCGGCUGAGCGCGCGAGGCUGCAAGCCGAGGCUGCUGCUAAGGAAGCUGAGGAGAAGGCUCGCGCCGAGAGGGAGAAGGCGGAGGCAGAGGCUGCGGCCGCGGCGGCUGCUGCGGAGGAGGACAGCGUGGAGGACGAUUGGGAAGCGGCGGCCGCGUCAGACAAAGAAGAUGUGAAGGAUAGCUGGGAUGCUGACUCCGAGGAUGAGGCGGAAAAGAAGGCCAAAUCCGCCAAGCCCCAAAAUGAGGAGGAUGAGGAUGAGGACGAGGACGACGAAGACGACUCCGACGAGGAUUCCGAGGAAGAUGAAAAGGCCACUCAGGCCCGGCUUGCGGAGAUCCAGAGAAAGAAGGAGGCGGCCGAGCGCCGUGAGAAGGCCCACCAGGCUGCUCUCGCUGCCCGGUCCAAGGACAACCUGCGCUCUCCUAUUUGCUGUAUUCUUGGGCACGUCGAUACCGGAAAGACCAAGCUGCUCGACAAGAUCCGUCAAACCAACGUCCAGGAGGGCGAAGCCGGUGGUAUCACUCAGCAGAUCGGUGCGACGUACUUCCCCGUCGAGGCCAUCAAGCAGAAGACGGCCGUGGUCAACCCCGACGGCAAGUUCGAGUUCAAGGUCCCCGGUCUCCUCAUUAUCGAUACCCCAGGGCACGAGUCUUUCUCCAACCUCCGGUCUCGUGGCUCCUCGCUCUGCAACAUUGCGAUCUUGGUUGUCGACAUCAUGCACGGUCUCGAGCCCCAGACACUCGAGUCCAUGAAGAUGCUGCGUGACCGUAAGACGCCUUUCAUUGUCGCGCUCAACAAGAUCGAUCGUCUGUACGGCUGGAAGAAGAUCGACAACAAUGGUUUCCGGGAGUCGUUGGCACUGCAGAACAAAGCUGUGCAAAACGAGUUCAAGAACCGUUUGGAGGAAACCAAGCUCGCCUUUGCCGAGCAGGGUUUCAACUCGGAGCUCUUCUACGAGAACAAGUCGAUGGCCCGCUACGUCUCGUUGGUGCCCACUUCAGCCCACACCGGCGAGGGUAUCCCCGACAUGCUCAAGCUUAUCGUCCAGCUCACCCAGGAGCGUAUGGUUGGCUCGCUCAUGUACCUCUCCGAGGUCCAGGCCACCGUUCUCGAAGUCAAGGCCAUUGAAGGUUUUGGUAUGACCAUCGAUGUUAUCCUGUCUAACGGUAUCUUGCGCGAAGGCGACCGCAUUAUCCUCUGCGGAACAGAAGGCGUCAUCAAAACGAACAUCAGAGCCCUCCUCACGCCCGCUCCACUCAAGGAACUGCGUCUCAAAUCCCAGUACGUGCACAACAAGGAGGUCAAGGCCGCCCUUGGUGUCAAGAUCAGCGCACCCGGCCUCGAAGGCGCCAUCGCCGGUUCCCGCAUGUUGGUUGUCGGCCCCGACGACGACGAGUCGGAUCUCGAAGACGAAGUCGAGUCCGACCUUGCCAGCCUGUUCAGCCGCGUCGAGAAGUCUGGCCGCGGUGUCAGCGUGCAGGCAUCAACGCUCGGUUCGCUCGAGGCCCUGCUGGAUUUCCUCAAGGUGUCCAAGAUCCCCGUUGCCAACGUCGGCAUCGGCCCCGUGUACAAACGCGACGUCAUGCAGUGCGGUAUCAUGCUGGAGAAAGCGGCUGAUUUCGCCGUCAUGCUGUGUUUCGACGUCAAGGUCGAUAAGGAGGCGCAGUCGUACGCCGACGAGCAGGGCAUUAAGAUCUUCACGGCCGACAUCAUCUACCACCUCUUCGACCAGUUCACCAAGCACAUCCAUGAACAGAACGAGAAGAAGAAAGAAGAGUCCAAGAUGCUGGCCGUCUUCCCCUGCGUGCUCAACCCCGUCGCCGUCUUCAACAAGACUAACCCCAUUGUUGUGGGCGUGGAUGUCGUUGAAGGCUCGCUGCGCAUCAACACCCCGAUUUCCGUUGAGAUCAUCCCCAUCGGCAGAGUUACUUCCAUUGAGCGUGAGCACAAGCAGAUUCCCAUCUGCAAGAAGGGCCAGCCGUCAGUGGCCGUCAAGAUUGAGAUGGGCGGGCACCAGCCAACAUAUGGCCGCCAACUUGAAGAGAAAGACGUGCUGUACUCGCAGAUCUCGCGUGCCAGUAUUGACACCCUCAAGCAGUUCUACCGCGCCGAUGUGACCAACGACGAGUGGCAGCUCAUCAUCAAGCUCAAGCCCAUGUUCGAUGUUGCGUAA